AUACGUUAUUGGCUGUAACGAUUAUGCUGAUAAACAUGUUUUGCAUAUAUUGACAAUCUGUAUAAAACGAGAGAGACGUCUAUUAGAGUGCUCAGUAUUUUAUUUUAACGAAUAACACAACGAUCAUGCAGGCCGAAUUGAAGUAUUUGUCAGGAUUUGGUUGUGAAUUUUCAAGCGAGGAUGAACGUUGUCCUGGAUCUUUACCUAUCGGCCAAAACAAUCCGCAAAAAUGUCCUUAUGGACUCUAUGCCGAACAGCUCUCUGGCACAGCUUUUACAGCACCACGUUCUCAGAACAAAAGAUCUUGGCUCUAUAGAAUCAGACCUUCCGUCGUUCACAAACCGUAUCAAAAAUUAAUGGAAAAAGAUAUUGGCCAUCUCGAUUACGAUUGGAACAUUAUGGAACCUAAUUUAAAUCAGCUGAGAUGGAAACCAUUCGACAUUCCAACAAGACAAAAUUCUGAGAUUGACUUCGUUCAAGGACUACAUACGAUAUGCGGUGCUGGCGAUUCUCAUAUUCGUCAAGGAAUUGCCAUACACGUUUAUCUCUGUAAUGUAUCGAUGAAAGAUAAAGCUUUUUAUAACGCCGAUGGAGAUUUUUUAAUCGUACCACAGUUAGGUGUCCUGUUGAUAACCACUGAAUUUGGUAAAAUCCGAUGCGAGCCCAAUGAAAUAUGUGUUAUCCAACAAGGAAUGCGUUUCUCUAUAACGGUUCUUGGUCCAUCCAGAGGUUACAUACUUGAGGUCUUUGAUAAUCAUUUCCAACUUCCCGAUUUAGGACCAAUUGGUGCCAAUGGUUUAGCGAAUGCAAGAGAUUUUCAAACGCCAAUUGCUUGUUACGAAGAUCGCGAGACAGAUUACAAAAUAAUCGGCAAAUUUCAAGGUAAAUUAUUUGUUUGCGUUCAGGAUCACAGUCCAUUUGACGUUGUAGCCUGGCAUGGGAAUUAUGUACCAUAUAAAUACAAUCUUGAAAGAUUUAUGGUCAUCAAUUCGGUUUCAUUCGAUCACUGUGAUCCAUCGAUUUUCACCGUACUUACUUGUCCUUCGUAUAAACCUGGCACUGCAGCGGCUGACUUUGUUAUUUUUCCACCGAGGUGGUCGGUACAGGAACACACCUUUCGACCUCCUUACUAUCAUCGUAAUUGCAUGACCGAAUUCAUGGGACUAAUAAAAGGGAGGUACGAAGCAAAGGAGGAAAGUUUCGAAGCUGGUGGUGCAUCGUUGCACUCGAUCAUGACACCUCAUGGUCCUGAUACCAGAUGCUACGAAAGUGCAACUAACGAUAAACUUAGACCGGAACGUAUUGCCGAUGGUACUCAGGCAUUUAUGUUUGAAACUUCGUAUAGUUUGACUUGCACAAAAUGGUCCGCUAAACUAUGUAAUAAAUUGGACGAAGAUUAUUACAAGUGUUGGGAAGGAUUGAAAAAACAUUUCAAUCUUAACAAUCAAUCUUAACGAUCUACCUGAUCUUACAAUUCUUAUCUUUUUCUUCUUAUCUUUGUUUUUUUUUUUUUUUUUUUUUUUUUUUUUUUUUUUUUAUUGUUCCUCUUUCUCUUUUUGUUUUGUUAUUUCUUUCUCUUAAAAAAGAAAUAUUAAUAAAUUACAUUUUAAUUUGAAUUAAUAGGCUUAAUUAAUACAAUUAAAAUACUAAUUGAUAUUAACUAGCUUGCGUGAAUAAAAUUCAACUAUUUGACAUACAUAUAUAAAAACCGUAAAAAAUUAGAAAUAAGAAUGAGAUUAAACCUGUUUAGAAUUUAACGAGAUGUUUAUACACUGAUUAGGCAUUAAAAUCGAAUGAUGUAGGAUUUAGUUCAACUCAAGGAUAAAUUUAUUAUCGAACAGGUUUGUUCUGAUUAUAUUCAUACUUAUGACUACUACGUAGAUAUGUAUACGCUUUUAAUACUAUUGCAAAAAUAAAUUUCUUUCUUUUUU